AUGUGGGCAGAGAGGCGCUGGGAGAUGAAUGCCCUGGACAAAGAUAUUCAUUGGCAGCAAAGCUAUUGCAUACAGCAAAGUGUAGAUUUUGGAAGAAGAGGAGGACGUGCUCAUGAGGUGAUCAAGAAAGUGAAGGCUGAUUUUGAAAAGGUGGCCAAAGACAUGAGAAAGCUGAAAACCAGGCCAGAUGAUGAGGAACUAAAAGAACCCUAUGAGCUCUACAAACAAUCUGUAAUUGGAGAUGUAGAUACUGAGUGUCCAGGACUGUUAAAUCUAAAAGGCAAGGCUAAGUGGGAAGCUUGGAACCUCAACAAAGGAUUAUCAAAGGCAGAUGCCAUGAGUGCCUGUAUUUCUAAAGCAAAAGAGCUAAUAGAAAAAUAUGGAAUAUAG